AUGCCGGUUCGAAAGGUGUGCAUUGUGGGCGCGGGCGUGGCGGGCCUAUAUAUCGCCACGAUCCUCGAUAGCCUCGAGAUCCCGGGCCUGAGCUACGAUAUCCUGGAAUCAAGUGACAGAGUUGGCGGCCGCAUGUAUACGCACAAAUUCAGCGACGCGCCGCAUGAUUACUACGAUAUCGGGGCAAUGCGGUAUCCGUGCAUCAAAAUCAUGGACCGCACGUUUGACCUUUUCGAGCGCAUGGAGCUGCCGCUGAUCAACUACUACUUGGACUCGGACCUCACUCCGAGCCUAUUCAACGACCGCUUCAAGAGUGACGAGAAAGAUCCUUACAACGUCGGCGUCGGUAAAGGUGGCCAAGUUCCCGAUGCAGUGGUGGACUCUGUCAGCAAGCUUCUGGGGGAUGCCUUCAACCCCUACAAAGCUCUACUCAAAGCUGAUUUCAAGAACGGGAUGGAGGAGCUAACUAAAGUGGAUGAGCUCAGUACGCGGGAGUUCCUGAGGUGUGGAGGCCCCGACGGCAAGGGGCCUCGCUAUGACUUUUCUCCAUCCAGUGGAUGGAAACGAUGA